AUGUUGUGCAAGAAUUUUCAGAUAACAAGUUCGAACGGAUGUCGUGGAUCGAGUGUCCCAGCAACACAGCAGUACAGUACAGUACAGCAGCAGCAGCAGGGUACAGUCAGUCAACCACAACGAGUGGUCGAUACAAGCAGACAAACUGUUUAUACUGUGCAG